UUUUUUUUAAACAAUUCUUACUUCGGCUGUAAAUUUACCCAGCCAGACGAAGCGUCUCAGCUCGAAAUCUCAUCGCGACGGCUCGUGAUAUCGCAAGCGGCAAAAAUUUCUUUUUUUAGAUUGAAAAAGCAUUCUGAAAUACAACAUGGAGUCGCCUCCUGAUCCGACGAGCGAGCCGGGUAAGAGCGCCUCCGAGGCGGCGAGCGCGGUCAGGGAGAGCCCGCUGAACCUGGACGCUCUGCGGAAAGCCGAGCACCAAGCGCCGGUGCGCAGACACAGCUGCUCCAGCACCAACAGAGGUAUUUCAGUAACAAAGAAGACACAUACUUCUCAAAUUGAAAUUAUUCCCUGCAAGAUCUGUGGAGACAAAUCAUCAGGCAUCCAUUACGGUGUGAUAACAUGUGAGGGCUGUAAGGGUUUCUUCAGGAGGAGUCAGCAGAGCAAUGCGGCAUAUUCGUGCCCACGUCAAAAGAACUGCCUGAUCGACCGUACCAGCCGAAACCGCUGCCAGCACUGCAGGCUGCAGAAGUGUCUGGCUGUGGGCAUGUCACGGGACGCGGUGAAGUUCGGGCGCAUGUCAAAGAAGCAGCGGGACAGCCUGUACGCUGAAGUGCAGAAGCACCGUCUCCAGCAGCAGCAGAGGGAGCAGCAGCAGCAGCCAGGCGAGGCUGAGCCACUCACGCCCACCUACGGGCUCUCAGCAAACGGCCUCACUGAGCUGCACGAUGAGCUGAGCGGUUACAUGGACGGCCACACGGCCGAUGGCACCAAGCCUGACUCAGGCGUCAGCAGCUUCUACCUGGACAUCCAGCCCUCACCCGACCAGUCCGGUCUGGACAUCAACGGCAUCAAGCCUGAGCCCAUCUGCGACUUCACGCCAGCCUCAGGCUUCUUCCCAUACUGCUCCUUCAGCAACGGCGAGACCUCCCCCACCGUCUCCAUGGCCGAGCUAGAGCAUCUGGCCCAGAAUAUCUCCAAGUCCCACAUGGAGACAUGUCAGUAUCUGAGAGAGGAGCUGCAGCAGAUGACCUGGCAGGCCUUCCUGCAGGAGGAGAUGGAGAGCUACCAGAACAAGCCCAGAGAAGUCAUGUGGCAGUUGUGUGCCAUAAAAAUCACAGAGGCCAUCCAGUACGUGGUGGAGUUCGCCAAGCGUAUUGAUGGUUUCAUGGAGCUCUGUCAGAAUGAUCAGAUUGUGCUGCUCAAAGCAGGCUCUUUGGAGGUGGUGUUUGUCAGAAUGUGUCGUGCCUUUGACCCUCAAAACAACACAGUCUAUUUCGAUGGAAAGUAUGCUGGCCCUGAUGUGUUUAAGUCAUUAGGUUGUGACGACUUGAUCAGCUCCAUCUUUGAGUUUGGGAAAAACUUGUGUUCUAUGCACCUGUCUGAGGACGAACUCGCCCUAUUCUCAGCAUUUGUGUUGAUGUCUGCAGACCGCUCCUGGCUCCAGGAGAAAGUGAAGGUGGAGAAGCUACAGCAGAAGAUCCAGCUGGCCCUUCAGCAUGUCCUGCAGAAGAACCACAGAGAGGAUGGCAUACUAACAAAGUUAAUAUGCAAAGUGUCAACCCUGCGAGCGCUGUGCAGCAGGCAUACAGAGAAGCUGACCGCUUUCAAAGCAAUAUACCCGGACAUUGUGCGUACCCACUUCCCGCCCUUAUACAAGGAGCUCUUUGGAUCAGACUUUGAGCAGUCCAUGCCUGUGGACGGGUAGCAGCCCCUUCGUCCGCCCCGCUCUGAGGGGCCACAAACGCCGUGGGGAAUGUCGAGCAUGAAUCUGAGACACUUUACCAGUGCCCUGCACAUACACACAUACACAAACACAUACACAAACACAAAACAGGACAGCUAACCUGCUGCACACACUUUCUUUUUUUUUUGUGGUUGUUGUUGUUGUUUUCCUUCGGGAGGGGGGUACAGCAAGAUGACUUUUAUUUGGAGGGUUGAUUUUGUGAGGUUUAUCCCCUCCUUUUUUGACACAAGUGGGAUUGGGAAGGCCCAGGGGAAAGGAUGAGGAGAUGAAGAUGCUUGUUUUCUCUCUCUCUCUCUCUCUCUCUUUCUCUCUCUCUCUCUCUCUCUCUCUCUCUCUUUUCCUGGCUCAACCUGAAGCACUCAUGCAUACGAUUCCAGAAUGGUCCCUCGAUAAUUUCUAAAUGAUCACCAGAAAUGGUGUUUCCGUCCUAUUGUAUCAAACCUUUAAAUUCUUCAAAGAACGCAGCCAUUAAUUUGGAUCUAAUUUUUUUAAACAAUGAUUAUAAUUAUAAGAAAUCAGUGAGUCAUUACUUAUUACACCCUCCGUGUAAUAGUAGGCAUGUGCUAGGUUAGGCCCCUCUCUACUCUUUCUGUCUUUUGCUGGGAAGCUGCUGCUCAGAAUGUAAACCAGCAAUAAAAGAGGUCAAAAGAGGAGAGCCAGAUGAGGAGAGAGACGGUGAAAGGGAGAGAGAAGGCGAGAAAGAGAAAGCAUGGGGCACGUGGAACGGAGCCGUCUGCAUGGGGUGACACGAAACUGACGCCUUUCUAAGGACAAUCGUUAAAAAAAGAGAAGAAAGAAGAAAAAAUAAGUAGAAUUCUGGUAAUUCUAGUUUUUAAAAAAAAUGCAAUUACUUUUAGCUGUCGAGCACUUCAUCCACCGUGGUUGCUUAGUGAGAUCAUAUAAGGCCAUCUGCUAUUAAAUCCUUUUUCUGGACAGAUUAUGGCAGUUUAACUGAGCACACCGCCACAACGCAAGGGUCCAUUCCACCUGUUUUCUAAUGUGCUACAGGGUAUACGGUCAUAAGUACUUACUAUACAGAAAAGAAAAGUAAUGUUUAUAGAAUCUAUUUUAAAUAACAUGUAUAAUAUUAGUAGCUAGACUAUUCUUAAUUGUCAAAAUUGAUAAGGCACUUUUAUUUGCACCUUUCUUUAAUUUAAGACUUGUAUAUUUACCUAGUGAUGUGUUGCAUGUGCAAACAGAAAUACAAGCGAAAAACCACCGACUCACAGAGGCUACAUGUUGGAAGCUCCUACAGAUGUGUGUGUGUGUGUGAGCGAGCAAGUGUGUAAGGAUAAGAUCAAUGCUGGGUAAAGGCUGACAGAGAGGUGUAUAGAGUUGCAUCGGGGUUUUCGGCUCAGAUCAGUUUUAGCGCUUUACAGAAUGAGAAGUGUGUGCAAGGCUGAACCUGAUCCCAGAUCAGCAUGUUCUACAACACUGCCAAUCCACGUCUCACCUUGUCUAAAACCGGUGUAACCGUAUGACUUGUUAGCAAGCUUGAUUUUCUCUUAGGUGUAAUGCCCAUUUUCAGCACAAACGUAAAGCACAAUAGUUAAAUCAUUGCCAUUAAAGUGUGUGGAAAGCAGGCGCUGGGGUUUAGAGUAAUAAAUUUUCAUUGUGCAGUGCAUGUUAGGAGCUAGUCAAUGGUUCCAUCUAGUGGUGAAGAUCCCACAGCAUCUCUCAGUAUUUCACAUAUGGCUUGAGCAUUCAUUUAUUAAUGAUACAGCGUGCAGACUUCCCUGGUUAAUUCUGCCCCAUCUGCUUUUGUAGAACAGAGAUUUGAGUUUGAGCGAGGCUUUCGUUCUCAAACAGCCUCUCUGUAACAGCCUUUGCCCAGCUGUACCGGUAAUAAGGAGACAGUUAAAGAAUCAGAAAAAUAUUCAAAGCCUUGUCUGGUAGUAAAACUUCUAUUUUUCUAAUAUGUACAAUGCAUAAGCCGAUGAAAGAAGGAGAGGGAGAGAAAGAAAGUGAGAUUAUAAAGCACUUAUUCCUGCAAUAAUUCGAUUUUUGUGUCUUUUAGUCAGAAAGAAUAGUAGUGUUAGUGCUUUUUUUUUCCCCUGAAUGCGUAAUUGUUGUGUCUAAUUGUUGAGUCUAAGCCCUUCAAGCGUGCCAUAGCAGUUUCUCCUAAUGUUGAGUCCACAGAACAUUCCAGUGAAAUUAUAAUGUGACUAUUAUAAAAUGCACACAUGAUACAGAAACACCACGCUGAUAUCCCAUGAACAACCAUUUCUGCUAGUCGUUAGUAAUUCUGUAGGCACUUCUAUUCCCCCCCACCUUCUCAUCAUGCUCCUUACACAAUAUACUAUGUAUUUUCCUCAGGGAAGAGUUGUACUUCUAACUCUGUUUGACUCAGUUAACAUUGAUUUUUAUGAGAUGAUUGGUCCUGCCCUCCAUUAUUUCCUGUACCUACAUUCUCAAUAUAUACCAUAGUUAUGUUAACAGGGUCAGCAUGGCUCAUUAAAUGCAAUUACAGUAUAACACACUAAAAUUAGAUCUGACAUUUAUUACCAUAGAGAAUGUGUUUCAGUAAUCAUGUAACUUUGACUCAGUGCAUCUGCAGUGUAUUUAUUUGAUUGUUCUUGGCCAGAGACUUUGAAAUUACACAGAAACUUUCAUCAAAUCUGUGAAUGACAAUCCAGCGGAACAUUUGAAAUUGGCAGUGCGUGGACUUAAAUACCAAAUGCUCAGGGAGAACAUUUUACUAAAAGUACUGGGGCAGACCAUUUCUGUAACGUAGCAACAUAACAUUUUCUGUCGUUUUUUUUUAAAAAGAAGUACUUCUCUGGUUAGUAAGAGUCAUCAUCUCAUGUUCACUUUGUGCACCUGUAACAAAUCCUACACAUCUCAUCAGGUCUCAGAAAUGCCUAAAACAACAGAUCAAUACGGUUCAGUGCACUCGCAUUAUGCUACCAACAGGGUCCAACAUCAUACAAAAACAAGCAAUGAGCUAUAAUGUCACCCCUUUUAGUGUAACUUUCACACAUAUUGUAUGAAUCUAUGUGCCAAAUACCUCUUGUACAAUUAGCUCCGCUAGCAGACUCUGCCCAUGAGCCAGGAGUGCGUAGUGUGUUACUAAUACGGGUUUCGACAGGGUAGCCACUGCUGUGGAGUUCCCUCUGAACAAGCUUUGAUACACAGAAGACUGUUGUAAUUCUGUUCUUUUCAGUCUACUUGAUCCAUAUCGUGGUGUCCUAGUUAAUGCUAAUUACAACGAUACCCGUUUGCACCAUAAAAAAAAACUGUACUGAUUUUUUUGUCAGUGUAGUUUGUUUUAGGUAUUAAAAGCAAUACAGGCUGUAAAGUAGAAACUUUGGACAAAUUUAUUUUUUCAAUCAAAAGUACUGAACCAUCUCUGGAUCUGUGGUAUUGACGUGUCGAUGUACAUAUAAAUACUCUCACUUGUGAAAGAGUUGCGCAUCAGAAGUUUCCAUAUUGUGUGUUGUAUUGUGUGUGUGAAACAGUCUCUUGAGAUCUUUCUACCCUCUUUGUUAAUUUUGUAAGAAGCAAUAUGAGUGUGUGUCUGUGAGUGGUGUGUAUAGUGUGUGUGGUGUGUAAGUCAAACCCCAGACAAGGCUUUAAUAAAGUAGAUAAGGAGCAGCAGGGUCAGCUGGUGAAGUAAAUGGUAUAUGGAUAUCUUAGUUUUCCCAGGUUUUACACACUUUUAGUAGCAAGUUUGAACUCAUCCAUUAGGCUGGACAAGCAUGACACAGUGCACGCCAUUAUUUUAUUAAAAUCCUUCACACCUACAUUAUGCAAAUCUGCCACUGACGGGCCUAUGCAGUCACAAAUACCACAGAACGAGUUUACACUGUUCCAUCGUAAUAACUCCGUCAUUCUUUCUUAGUGACGACACCUAGACUGCCAGAAGCCAUUUUAAUAAUAUUCAACAUGUUCUAAUACGUGGAAUUAAUGUGUGAUGUCAUGCUUGUGACGCCAUUUUGAUUUGAAGGUGAAAGUGUUAUUAAGAUGUAGAGAUUACCAAUCAUUUUCAUUGCAUUUUUUUUAAAAUGUGACCUUUUAUCCCGAAAGCACAGCUAAUAAAGUGAGAUAUGUUUUAGAAUAUAGAGCAAAAGACAAAAAAAAGACAAACAAAAAAACUUUAGCCAUAAUCGAAUGUCAAGCAAUAAUAUAUAUGGUAUAUUAUUAUUAUUAUUAUUAUUAUUAUUAUUCAUCUUUGUGCAUAGGCUUUGGACACCUGCAUGUAAAUACACCUCUUAUUUAUCAUGUUUUGUUGUUUCUUUUCUCUCUCUCUCUCUCUCUCUCUCGCUCUCUCUGAUUAUUUUUUUGUUUUGUUUUGUUUGUAUAUUUGACUAGUUCUGUUCCCAGGUGGAGAACUAAGAACUUCAUAUGGCCUGUAAACUGUACAGCUUGAUUUCCCUCUCUUUCUCUCUCCCCCUCAGCUUUCCGCUUUUAAUUCACUAUAUUUAAUGUUAUUAUUGAUCACAUGUAUAAAAGUAACUUUGUAACAUCUGUCUGUAUAGGUAAAAAAAAAAAAAAAAAAGAAAAUACUGCUAUUAAGACCUACUCAGUGCAAAUAUUUAUCUGUUUAUUGGAUACAUCAUGCUGUACAGUAUCUCUGUUUUUAGUAUACUUCUCUCUUUUAGAGUUAGUUUGAUAGCGGUAGGGCGUGCUGACAUUUAAUUUUGUGUUAAACUGACGUGUGGUGCUAGGUAAGUUACUUUCGUGAACAAAAAAAAAACAAACUCUUGAUUCAUAGACAAGGCCACUCGAUUAGUUCAUUCAUUUCACUAAGUAUUGAUGCAUUCUUGAUAUUAGGACUCAAUAAAUGAUAAGGAUAACGAUAAAGAAUAAUGAUAGUGGUAAAUUUCCUUUAAAUCCCCAGCAAGUACCUGUAUCAGUGUGCUAGUCUUGGGAUUGCGCUCUUGUUUCCUUCUCACUUUAAGACUAUAAGUAAAAGCGGUAUCAUCUAAUUAAGAUGCUAUUAUUAAACGUCGCAUUCUGAUUUGUCACGAUAAAAAAAAAUGUUUAAGCUAAAGAAAAGCAGUAUUGUGUUGAUCCUUUUGAUUGUGAGAACCACUGGCUAGACUUGUAGCUGUUCAAUUUUGCAAAUGCAAUGCCUACUGGUACUUUUCUCAGAAAUCCUACGCUGGAAAAAGUCUUUAGAUACGCGAUACACAGAUACAAGAGAGCACAUACUGGAUGAUAGAAUUAUUGGCAGCCUCAUUUUGGCUCUCUUUAUUUUUGACUUAGCCUAGACAACAGCUUCAUUCGUAUUUAUUUUUCUGCACUAAUGUGUACGACAUCACUGUCAAUAAUUAAACUUGGCGCACACACACUGUGGGUUAAGUGUUAAACGUGCAAGAGGUCGAAAUUGUCAGUUGUAGGUUCAUAUUUGCUAAAAUAUUUCAUUUUCUCUGUAGCAAGUAUGACAGCUAUCCUCGCAAUAAUACACAACAAACACCGCUGAGUGCCUCUCAGUGGUCCAGGAUGCAGAAAUGAUGUAGUUUUCACUGUUCACUAUAGUCAAAUGGUCAUGUAUUUGCACAUGUAGGUGAAUUCCAUCCAAAUACUUCACGUCUUUUAUAUGUAAAUGUUCUGUACUUUUGUUUUAUGACCAUGUGAACAUCUUCCACCGCUUGUAGUUUUCUGUAUGGUUCAUUUCGCAAACUCUUCUUGCAGUGCACAGUCAGUGUUCCUUUCCUCCUUUACUUUUUUUGCUGACAUUAAUAUAACCUUGUGGAAUAAUGGUAAAACAUGCAUACUGAAUGUUUUAUUUUCAGACCCUGGUUUGCGCAUUUGUAAAAGACAAUAGACAAUCCACUCUGUGUUCCCCCUUAUUUACAAUACUUCCAAUUUCUGUUCGUUAUUGCAGACAAAUGACUAAUGCAUUGUAUUUUAAGUAUUCACAUGUGUAUGUAAGAUAUGCAUAAUACACAUUUGGAUUUCUUUCCUGUUGUGUGUUAAAUGUGAGCUCGCCGGGGGACUGGGUUUUACUCCACACACAGGCAGCAUAUACACGGGGAGGGAAAAAUGCCAAGACAAGUUUGUGGUUGUCACAAAUUUUUACAUCACACGUUUGCUACUGAUCUAACCGUGGGGAGAGAUGAUCAUGUACCUUUUUAUCCAGCUCUUUUGAACUCUAUUUAGGAGGUAGUAUCUUCACAAUAAUAGUUUUGCUCCUUCUCUUCGUCUGAUUCUUAAAUAUGAAAAUUAAGUAUUUUGAUUCAUUUUGUAAAUACAGCUGUAAAGAAAAAUAAGAAAUUUAAUGUUGUCUUUUAAAUACUUUUCAUUCUAAUAUGAAUGUUGUUAUAUUGUACUUAGAAACUGUACCUUUAAUAUUACCUUUAUUAAAAGUGCAUUGGACACAUCGAUUUUAGAUGUGCUUUAUGUGCUGUUAUCCCAUAAUAAAAUUUACCGCUUGUAAUUG